AUGGCUACGGUUACCAUGGCUCUGUCUGAAGAGACUCCAAGACUUGAAAUCGAGUUCGGAGAGCACCCCGAAGAAACGGAAAGGUCAGCCACCCUCGCCCUGUACCACUCCUGCGAGCAGUGUGUCAGACCAAUUCGAGAAAGCCUGCACUCCCUGGCAAUUGGAACCACAACUGGAUACAGGCUUUUCUCCUUAAGUUCUGUGGAGCAACUGGACCAGGUCCAUGAAAGCAAUGAAAUCCCAGAUGUUUACAUCGUGGAGCGUCUGUUCUCCAGCAGCCUGGUGGUUGUGGUCAGUCAUGCCAAGCCACAGCAAAUGAAUGUCUACCACUUCAAGAAAGGGACAGAGAUCUGCAACUAUAGCUAUUCCAGUAACAUAUUGUCCAUCCGGCUGAAUCGUCAGAGGCUGGUUGUUUGCCUGGAGGAGUCAAUUUACAUCCAUAACAUUAAGGACAUGAAGCUUUUGAAGACUAUUCUGGAUACACCUCCAAAUACAACAGGUCUGUGCGCUCUCUCGAUCAACCACGCCAACUCCUACUUGGCUUAUCCCGGCAGCGCGACCAGCGGAGAGAUCGCGCUUUACGACGGAAAUACUUUGAAAACAGCCUGCUCCAUUCCUGCCCAUGACGGGCCGCUGGCUGCUCUCGCCUUCAACUCCACCGGCUCGAAGCUGGCGAGCGCUUCCGAAAAAGGCACAGUCAUUCGUGUGUUUUCCAUUCCUGGUGGGCAAAAGCUGUACGAAUUCCGUCGAGGGAUGAAAAGGUAUGUGAAUAUCAGCUCUCUGGUGUUCAGCAUGGAUUCCCAGUUCCUCUGUGCUUCCAGCAACACAGAAACCGUGCACAUCUUUAAACUGGAGCAUCUCACUGACAGCCGGCCAGAAGAGCCUCCAACCUGGAGCGGUUACAUGGGGAAGAUGUUCCAGGCUGCUACCAACUACCUCCCUGCUCAGGUAUCAGGCAUGAUGAACCAGGAUCGAGCCUUUGCCACUGUCCGCCUGAACUUCUCCGGACAGAGGAACAUCUGCGCCCUCUCCACGAUUCAGAAGCUGCCUCGACUGUUGGUGACUACGUCAGAUGGACAUCUCUAUAUCUAUAACUUGGACCCACAAGAUGGAGGGGAGUGUGUCUUAAUUAAGAAACACAGUCUGCUUGGCUCAGGAAAGACAGAGGAAAACAAAGAAAAUGACCUUCAGCCUCCAUUACCUCAAUCUUACGCAGCAACUGUAGCCAGACAAAGUACAGUGCCUUCAACUUCGACCAUGCCAGGUUAUUCGGAGGACGGCGGUGCCCUGCGAGGAGAGGUUAUCCCAGAGCAUGAGUUUGCAACUGGACCCGUGUGUCUCGACGACGAGAAUGAGUUUCCUCCUAUAAUCUUGUGCCGUGGAGGUCAGCCGGGCGAAGCGAAGAGGUCGUGAUGAGAAGCAAACAUCCGCGCUUAGGACAGCUGCUGGGAAGUGCUCUGGAAAAGCCAGGAGUUUCGAAGAACAGAUUUGUGAGUCCCCAAGAUGAGGGAAAAAAAAAAACAAACAAAAAAACCAAGGUGGGCCACUGCUUUUUCCUACAGUGUGUUUAAGUGAAUACCUGGCCCCGCUAGCCCCUUGUUUUAAUUUGUGUCCGGGUGGGGUGUCAAUGUACUGUAUGCACAUCACUACAUUUAACAAACUAUAUGUUAGAACCACAGUGUAAAUGCUAAUUUAAUCAGAUUUGUAUGUAACCAGAAUUUUAUAUACCCAUUUGCCCCUUUUCUAAUUUAUGCUGGUUUGUGUGUAUAAAUGUACUUACAGGAAGAGAUAUUAAACUUAUGUCUUUGUACAGUAUAUACAUACUAUUUUACCCAGGCAAAGUAUUUUUGCAGUGAUGUUAGAGAAGGUGCCAUUUGCUACCGUUAAAGACAGAAUAAAGUGACGGUCUGUCCCUGGCA